GAUCUGAUUGGUCAGUGGGCGGAGAUUUUCACAGGUUCACAUGCUCCCGACCAGGUUAGGUGUUCAUCGUAAAUUACCGUGGCGAUAUACCCAGAGAGGGAGAGUCAGAGACCAACAGAGGACUGUUGCAGCUGAUCUGUGCGGUACAUCUGUGGACCGAGAACUAAGACUGGAGGUCUGUAAGAAAAAUGAGUCUUCUGCAAUCCAGCAAUGCAACUCCAAAUGGAGACCAAAAUACCACAAAUGGCUCUGAUAGGCAUCCAGAAAAUCUCCCCGAAUGGUUCAUGGCUGCGAUUCCUGUGUACAUUCUGCUCAUUUCCAUCUUUGGGAUUGUGUUAAAUGUGUUUAUCCUGAUGGUUUUCUGCUUCCACAAGAAGGCAUGCACUGUGGCUGAGAUCUAUUUGAGCAAUCUGGCUGCUGCUGACCUUUUUUUGGUUGCUUGUUUGCCAUUCUGGGCGGCCUAUAUAAUCAAAGACUACGACUGGCCCUUUAAUGGUCCCAUGUGUAAACUGGUUAGCCUUUCCAUCACCACGAACACCUACUGCAGCAUAUACUUCCUCGUUCUGAUUAGCAUAGACCGCUUUGUCGCUCUGGUGCACCCACUGUCCAAUACAAGAAUGCGUAGGCCAAAAUUUGCUAAACUUGGCUGUCUGCUGGUGUGGGUUUUUGAUUUUCUUCUGAGUAUCCCCAUGCUAAUGUACCGAAAGUUAAAGUUAGAUGAAGGUAAUAAUACAUUAUGCUCUUUUGAAUUUCCAACCGAAACUGUAUAUCUGCUCUAUGAGGGGACGAUAUCUCUGUUCAUCUUCAUCAUUCCCAUUUUCAUUAUUUUCUUCUGCACCUACAAGAUAGUCCGAGGUCUGAAUGCACGCUUAAACUCCCAGAAAACAGAGCAGAAGGCGACCACACUGGUGCUCGCAGUCCUGCUCGCGUUCCUGAUCUGCUGGGUGCCAUUCCACCUGGUUAGGAUCGUAGAACUUGUUUUAGUCUUAAAACCGUUAGCUGUCCGAACAGCUGUAGACACCUGCAGGAUGAUCUUUCUCUACUUAGGCUUCUUCAACAGUGUUCUCAACCCUGUCCUGUACGUCAUCGUAGGAAAGAAAUUCCGUAAAAAAGCCAAGGAGCUGUUCAGUCAAUGGAGCCCUGUGACUUUACGCAACGACUAUACAAGCUCAGAAGUGUUGAGAAGUAUGAAAACUGUGGAAGUCUCAAAUUGAUCCACAUGAUUGCAAUGUGUUUAAGAAGCUAUGGCUUCAUUUUUAAAGAACAAGAAGGAGGCAAAAAAGAAGAAGAAAGCUAAGAAGCGGAAGAAGGCCUUUUAUAUGCACAUCUCAUAGUUGCAGGGCAUUUCAAAAACAGAAGCAAGACAAGAAGGCAAACUUGCACACUUGCGUAUUGACACAAAAAAGUGAAUGCGCAUAAAAUAAGUGCAUACGCAAAAUCACCGUCGGAUUCAUGACACGUGCAUACCAGCCAAUUUUGUUCUCACCAACUUGUGUAUGUUAGUCAAUCACAAUUUUUUUUUAAUCCACAGGCGCGUGCCCGCAACCUUCAAUCAGCAUACUACCACGCCCCAUCUGAGAUAUAGGGACAUUCGAUUGGGGUAUCAGGAUGAGUGCGAUGAGAUGGAGGCACUUAAUUUUUUAGGAGAUGGCCCCAAAAGGAGAAAAAAGAUCGGUGUGUCUGUGGGUUUAAGUUUGCCACACACUAGGCGAUUUUAACCCCCCGAUUUUGGGCCUGAUUUGCCCCUCCCCCUUGCAAUUUGUUUCAGCAAGGCUAGAUCUUUACACUUUCUUAGACGUAAAUCCCAAUCCUGUAUGUUCCCUGCUGCUCUUAAAUAUUCUCAGAUGAAUCAACUGGUUUUGGUAACAGAUGCGAUAUUGAGUGGUCAACGAUUAGAUUUAAGAUUUAUAUAUAUAUAUUUUUUUUAAUUUAACUUAAUGGAUUUUUAAUAUGUUAUGCAUUUAGUUAGAAGAGUGUAUAUUAACAUUUUCUGAGAAAGCUGGUCAAUCAUUUGUACGCAUGGUCUCAGGAAGUUCUAUUUUUGUUCAGAGUGAGAACAAAUUCAAGUAAGACUAUAUUGAUGAAUCCCAGAUUUGUGCUUCAAACGUCCGUACGCACGGUUUAAGCAAAUAUUUGUGUGUACGCGCUGUUAGUGAAUGAGGCCAAAUGUUUUGACCCACUAGUCUUCCUCGUGUGAUCUCCUCGCCAUUGAGUUGAACUUUUGUGAUUACAAAAAUCUUUUUUUUUGGUAUAUUGGAUUAUAUGCAUAUAUAUAUUACUUGCCUGAGUACCAUAUUUCCUGAAAUAAUAGACUGUAGACAAAUGGAAGCUUGUCUUGAAAAAUGGCAUGCAUGCUAUUAACUGUUAGCCGCUAAUCAGGAAUAGUGGCUAACACUUAAUGACAUACAAGCAAAUACAAGCCAAGGAAGAAACGCUUUAUAAACUACCAAUAGUGCUCAUAUUACGUGUAUGCCAACUAUCUUAACGUAUAUUACCAUUGCUGUAAUUUAAAGUAAAUUAUAGAAUGUAAUCAUGUUUGUUUUUUUGCCAUUACAUUGCAUGAAUUGUGCUACACUGUACUUUGUAGUAAGGUGUCCGUGGCUGCUGUGUAAGAAUUGUGCAACUCCCUGAUUUUCUCAGCAUGUUGCUGUUUUCACACGAAAAAUCUUGUUGAAAAUAAGGGUGAAAAAAAGAAGCGAGAUCCAGAUCUUAUUGAGUUAUUACAAACAGUCUCAUGCAGUUAUAAUUGACGACAGCAAAUGUUGCAGAUUUUUCCUUGUACUUCAUGUUAAAAAUAUAUUGAAGCAACGUUUGGUUUGGUUUGUUAUUCCUUUUUAGAUGUUUACUGCUGCUGGAAAAUUGCAUAUCAUUCUAAUAGCGUAAAGACUAUAACACGUGAAGUCUGCUAUAUCACACUGUUUUCCUUGUUAGAGUCUAAUCUUGAUGGACAAACAGGAAACUGGGAAACUCUGUGAUGGACAAGAGUUGAUCUUUUAAUGUAUCUGAUAAUUACUUAAACAUAAUGAGAACAUGACCAGAAUCAAUCAAGGGUCUAAUGGGAGAUUAGAUUUGACUCUUUGCAACAAUCCUCUUUCCUGUUUACAUUUUAUUUUUAUUUUUUUACUUUGGGAAUACUUUCGAUGGUGAAAGACUCUUAUUGCCGGAUCUGCUUCUUGGGUUCCAUCAUAAUAAGAUUUUCAAACGUAACACAUUAAUACCACUGCUACAUAAUUAAACAGCACCAAUAGAUGUUUUUUUUUAUUGCAGAAGCUAAUGGAACUAAUGGAGGAAAGAUUAGGAAAGUGUUGUGUUAAUGUUUGUGGUUAACCCCUUGAUAUGACUCUUUCAUGGUAAGAUGUUCCUGAGUGUUUUCUGUGCCUGUGUGGAACUGUGUUUUUUUCUCUGCUCUUUCACAUUGUACUACAAUGGCUGUCUUGUGAUAUUAAAAUUUGAAAAACCAAAA